AUGAACACGAAUACUAUCGAAGGAAAUGAGAUACAAGCUGCAAGGCUUGCACUCAUACGCAACCAUCAGCUAGCUCAUCUGACGAAGGACUAUAAGAAAUCAAUGGAUAAUACCCUCCGACUAUACUGCGACAAUCAAAAAAUAUGGCGGUCUAAAGGUAGAAUUGGCAACAGUACUUUAGAAGAAGACGCCAAAAAUCCAAUUUUCAUUGCGCCAAAUACUCAACUUGCUACAGCUAUCAUCAAAGAAACCCAUGAAGACUAUCACAAAGGAAUUGAACACACUAUAGCAAGCAUUCGACAGCUAUAUUGGAUUCCAAAAAUACGACAACAAGUACGCAAGAUAGUCAGCCAUUGCUUCCAGUGCAAAAUUUUUAACGGUCUACCUUAUCACUAUCCCGACACGACAGACCUACCGCAAAGACGGGUAAUAAGAUGUCACCCCUUUCAACACAUCGGAUUAGACUUCUUCGAUCUUCCGUGCUAUAAAGAGGGAGAAGAAUCGAUGAAACUAUACGGAUGCAUAUUUACGUGCACGGCCACGCGGAUGAUUCAUUUGGAACUUGUACGCAACAUGACAACAUACGACUUUCUGAACGCGCUACGACGCUUCAUAGGACGAAGGGGAACACCAGAAACAAUAACCUGCGAUAAUGCACCUACUUUCUUACAGAGCGAAAACAUCCUAACAAACAAGAAUUCGCAGAAUGCGAAUCUCAUCCGUGUAAUAGCAAACAAAGAAAUCGAAUGGAAACACAUCACACCAUACGCCCCAUGGCAAGGAAGCUUCUAUGAACGUUUGAUCAAAUCUAUCAAACACGCACUACACAAGACACUUCGUAACAAAGGAAAUCAUUCUUUUGAUGAAAUGCAAACAAUUAUCAUUGAAAUAGAAGCCUGUUUAAACUCUAGACCUCUCACUUAUCAAGGCUCUACAAAUGAAGAACUAACUUCUAUCCGUCCGAUCGAUUUUAUACAGCGAGAUAUAUCACUUACACUCAAACUGGAUAACAACCUUGUGGAAGAAACAGAUGAUCCAAACUUCAUACUUCCAAAUGAACAACGCCUGCUAAGAAAUCGACAGCAGGUAAUUGACGCACUCACUUCAUCGUACCAACAAACGGAACGUUUCUGGAAUGUAUGGCAACAUCAGUAUCUCACCUCUUUACGUGAGACACAUAAAAGGUGCACCCCCAAACAGCGACUAGGACAAGAGAUGCCUUCAAUUGGAGACGUCGUCUUGGUUUGCGAACCAAUACUACCACGCAAUGAAUGGAGAAUGGCGCGAAUAACCAAAGUACAACCUGGCUCUGACGGACAAAUCCGCGAAGCAGAACUUAUAACAACUACAAGACGAAAAAUUCGACGACCUGUAAAUCUACUCAUCCCAUUGGAAAUACAAGACAAAGAAAAACAAACGAAAGAACAACAUGGCGAGAAUCAGACAGAGAUAAACGAGAAU